AUGGACGGGACAGACUGUGAUCUGAUGGGUAUUAGUGUAGCUAUUUUAGGGUGUUAUUUAGCUGGAUUGCAUCUUGGCUAUGCUUGCUUCAAAUUUUGGAGAGCAUGUUACGAGAUAAUGAUUGUCAUUCUUAUGACGUGUGUUAUUUUUCAUUACGUAAGAAGGCCAAAAAAAUAUUUAUUUAGUUCGGUUCAUGUAACAAUAUUUGUUGGAGUAGCAUUGCUUGGUUUUUUACCAGUACUACAUUGGUUAAUAUUACAUGGAGGCUUUUUCACUGAGAUUGUUCAGGUUUUUCUGCCAAAAUUUAUUGCGUUAUACUCAUUAUUAGGAGUGGGUAUGCUAUUUUAUCGAACAAAAAUACCCGAACGCUUAUUUCCAGGUAAAAUAAAGUAUUUUAUAGAACUCGAAGUUUCUGACAAAUAUACAUGUAACAGACACAUACAAAGGUUAGACGUCAGCAGUUUUUCUGAUCGGCGAACAAGAAAUAACUGACCACUCUUGUGCACAGUUUCUCACCUACUUCCACUCGCAUUUAAAAUUUCGUUCUUAAUUCAAAAGUUAGAGAAUUUAAUCCUUUAACGUAUCAAAAAUCUAGUGAAAACCUAUAUUAGGUGAAACAUCCCUUUUUGUCUAUUUCUCAGUAAAAUCCAAAAGAUCGUUGUUUUCAAAAGAACUACAAGCCCCAAACAUUCAAAACACCUUCUUUCGAGCCUUCUAGUUAAUGACUCCACUAAACACAAAGUCACAAAAGAGAACAUUUACUAAUUCGGCUCACAGCUCCUGUUUAAAAAUUUACACUAGCCCUUCGAGUUUACGAGAAAAUCGUUACAGAAAAUGACAGUUUUGUAGCCUAGAAAGUAAACACGCAGUUGAUUACAAUAAUGCGGUAUGUUUCGCACCGCAUUAAAAACAAAAAAUUUUCUCUUAUAAGAAAGUCUAAUUAAUAGAAUAAACUAUAAAAGAAAAGUAUGUGUUUUUGAUGUGUUGAUAAAAGAAUAAGCUUUUCACACAUAGCGGUUAAUUCAUUUUGAAAAAGGAAUCAGAUCAAUUAGAAAAGAAAAUGAAGUUCCUGUAGAGUAGUAUGGGGCAAUUGUAGACAGUUUUGCGAUCUUUUCUCUUGUAAUCAACAUAACUUUGUUAUUUUUAUUAAUUUUAGUUUUUUUUUGCAGGUAGGUAGAUCGAAAUUUCCUGUAGAAACCUGUCUAAAAAUUUUCGAAAACCGGCUUCUAGGAGUGUAUCUCUCGGUCUGUCUGCAAUUACCCCACAUGGGGUAAUU